CCAACAGGCGGCGGCGACUCUGAUCUAGGCUAUCCAGUUGCAUUUCGGGAACGGGAAAGCAAGGGGAAGGCGAACUUGCACAAUUAGUCACCCAUUGAGUCAGUCAAAAGACGACAGCUCAGCUGCGGCGAGCUCCUUUCUGUGGGAAUUCGACUUAUAUAGACUACCUGGACUAGAGAGCAAAAAGGACAAACAAAGAAUAUCCCGGUCCGCUGGCAUUGCUGGAUAUCUGCUUACCUGCCAUGUCGCAACAAGGGCUACACACGCUGCUCAUUUUGUGCUGUCUGCGGUUCACUUGCGCCUCAGAUUCUUGGGAUGACAUGGAACAGAGAGAGGUGAUUCCUGAACUUCCUGAUAUCCCAGAUCCUUUCGAUGAUCUGCUACAGAGACCGCUGAUUCCUGACCUUCAUGGUUUAUUUGCUGUGUCAACUGACAAUCCAAAGCCGAAUAUAAAGAAAAAAGAAAAUCCUCCAGCACUGCCAAGGGCAAAUGGCUCGCCACUCCGGCCUGAUGUUCCAGAAAUCAGUUUCCCUCCUGGUCAACCAACUGUGGAGAAUAUGGGGAAUAUCUGCCAAUAUCGAGAUCAUCGUCCAACAUAUCCACCUGGAAGUUUACCAAGGACAGGUUUCGGUCACAUAUAUAGACAAGGAACUACUAUCAACCGUUUGGAGGCUGCUUUUAAACAGUGUUGCCUGACAAAUGACCCUCUGUGCUGUGCACAUCAAAUGUGGAAGAAUUCUCUGGAUGACUACUGUGAAGAAGAAAGUAGAAUCAAAACCUUACAGCCUCCUUGCUGUCUGCAAAAGGAAAAACAAAGAUGGGCGUGUUUUGAGAAGGAAGCAGAGAACCCCAGCUAUAAGCCGAAGAAUAAUGGCAUACAAAAAUCUGGAAAAAGCAGAAGGAUGACCAGCGUUCCUGAAGUAUUAUCUUGGAAUUCCACUGAGUGUGACAGGCAAAAUGACAGACUACAUCCACGGGGACUUAUGAGAGAACCAAAGUAUGCUGAAGUAUUAUUUCCACCAGCAAAUCCAACAGCUGAAAAUAUUUUUAACAUUUGCAAGUUACAGAUGUUUCGUCCUCGAUACAAAAAAUGUAAAGUGAGGAGCUUUCCAGGCUGGUUAGAACGUCAAGUAAAAGCCAUCAAAAGGAUAGAGGCAAAAUUCCACAAAUGCUGUGCCGGCGGCAAGGACACCCUAUUGUGUGCUCAGACUGAGUGGAAAGCUGAGAUUGACUCUUAUUGCAGUGAAGAAUUUUCUAUCAAGACAUCCCGUUAUCCUUGUUGUCGAAAGAAUGGAAACCUAAGGUACCAGUGUUUCCAGGAAGAAGCGCCAUAUCCCAAAUACAACAAGGAUGUUCAGAUCAUCAGUCUGACUAACAUCUCCUCUCGCACUAUGAAAUUUGUUUGUGGACACCAUAAGAUACUCACAAAAAAGUUUCCUGUGGGAAUACUGGAAGAGAGCCUGAAGGAGAAAUGUUGCAAUAUGCCAGAUGAGGAAAGAAUUGCUUGUGCAAAAGACCAGGUGCAAACCCUGCCACAAAGGUUAUGUGCAGGGGAGUGGAGUACAUGGGAAGACAGCAAGAAGUGCUGCAUAAAUGAAAAGUCCAAGCAAUCGGAAUGCAUCUAUGGAAAAAAAUUGGAUGCUGUGUCCAUUGCAUAUGCUGAAGCUAAUUUGAGAAAAUGUGAAAUUACUAAAUAAGCCCCUGCUUCUCUUUCUCUCUCCCUUUCUCUCUCUCUCUCUCUCUCUCUCUCUCCAUUUGUGUUUCUUCCAUCUUUAUUUCCAUUACUGGAUGUUGACCACUAAUCUCAGAAAUCAUGAACUGAAUCAAAAGAAAAAAGCAAAUAAGCUUGUAAAGUUUGAUUUUUCUGGCCUUUUUGUUUUUCAGUUGGAGUUCUGCAUAUGCAGUCUAUUUUUACAAAAUGCUUCUCCUAUUUGAGAAGUCUUAAAUUAAGUAAUUGCAAGGAGUAAAUAUAAAAACUUAAUGUAUACCAUGUUUUUUAUUUUUUUCCUUUGUAAACCUAAUCACUAUGAAUGUUUUACGAAAUCUGACAUUUGAAAAGUUUAGAAUCGUAAGCAGACAUGCUUAGUGCAUUUAUAUCAUUGCUGUAGCUUAUUUCAUAUUCUACAUUUAAUAAUAUCAAGAAGAUUGAAAUGUUAGUGGUAUAUGAAUUCCUUGUUGCAAGUGUUUUGUUUUUAAUGAGCAGUAAUUGAUGCCAUUAAUGCAAAAGGCUGCUUCUUGUCAGGUAAAGUAUUUUUAAUACAUGCAAAUUCACUUAAACAAAUAAACUUGAGUCUGUGUGCUCAGAUUUCAAAUGCAUAUAUUUUGUUUCUUGUAUGGUAAAAUCACUGGUAAAAUGAAUUAACUGAUUAUGCUUUGAAUAAAAAUCACUUUCAUAUAUUCCAUCUUCAUUUUCUUCACAGCUGAUGCAUCCUUCAAUCGAGAUGCUGUGGGCCACAUUUCAGUUUGAAUAUGCAAAAUGUUGCACUCUAAUGCAUGAAUUUUUCAGUUUUACAAUAAAAAUAUGCUAAAAAUGUUGA